UGUCACUGAAUCCAGUUGAAAUGAUUCUUCAGCCUUCACACUUUUCCUGCCUUAAAAUUCAUCCUCUGAUAUGAAGUAUGAAGUUUUGAUGUGGAAAACAGAUUGGAACAUGAGAAAGCUAAAAUGUGGGCUUUACUCUUUGUCUCCUUUAUUCUGAUAUCUGAAGCUACUGCCGAACCAGAGAACCAAUACGCAGUCUGCUACAUAACCGGAGACUAUGCCCCUAAUAGCACCUACCACACCAACCUCAAAACCGUUCUUUCCAGGCUCACCUCCAACACACAAAUUGACUACGGCUUCUACAAUGCCUCCUACGGCCAAGAUUCUGACAGAGUCUACGCAACUGGCCUUUGCAGAGGGGAUAUUACCCCACAUACUUGCCGUGCUUGCCUCACCAAUUCUACUUUGCUUCUGCUAGAGCAGUGUCCACAUCAGAAGGAGGCAGUGGCAGGAUAUUAUGAUAUAUGCAUGUUGCACUAUGCAUAUUACUCAUUAUUUGGUUACCAAGAAUCUAGUUUACGGGUAUACUGGUGGACUGAAACUAAUGUAACAGAUUGGGAUCAGUACAGGUAUGUGUUCAAGAUGUUGCUGGCAACACUAAGAGUGAAAGCUGCAACAACCGACUCCAAUCUGAAUCCUAAAUAUGCUUCGGGAAAUGCAACAGCUCCCAAUUCUCUAACUAUAUAUGCUAAUGUUCAGUGCGACCCUGAUUUGACAGUGGCAGAAUGCAACGAUUGCUUAAAUGGCGCCUUUUCAGAAGUACCAAAAUAUUGUAAUAACAGAUCAGGUUGUGGAAUUAUUAAAGCAAGCUGUAAGUUCAGAUACGAGAACUUCAGCUUCUAUGAAUCUACGCCUGAUACACUAACACUGCAAUUGUCGCCACAAGGAUCUCCUUCUCCUUCUCCUUCUUCUGUACCAUCCACCACUGCAAACUCCACGGAGAGUACUUAUCAUGGAAAAAGCAACAAAUCGCAAGCUGUCGUCACCAAAGUUGUGCCUAUAGUUGUCUUUGUUGGGUUGCUGAUCUUUAUUUGCAUCUAUUUAAAAGUGAGGAAAUCAACAAAACAUUUUGAGAGUGAAGCUAAGGUUGAUGAAGAAAUUGGACAAGCAGAGUCAUCACAAUUUGACUUUGAUACAAUCGUAGACGCUACAAACAACUUCUCUGAUGCAAACAAACUUGGACAAGGUGGAUUUGGACCUGUUUACAAGGGCACUCUCUUCAACGAACAAGAAGUAGCAGUCAAAAGGUUAUCUAACAACUCCAGCCAAGGAGAUAAUGAAUUCAAGAAUGAAGUGCUAUUAAUGUCAAAGCUACAGCACAGAAAUUUAGUUAGGCUCCUUGGUUUCUGUUUUGAAAGAGAAGAACGACUUCUUGUCUAUGAGUUUCUUCCCAAUAAAAGUCUUGACAAAUUCAUAUAUGAUCCCAUCCAGCGUGCACAUUUGAAUUGGAAAAAACGCUACAAAAUAAUUGAAGGAAUUGCACGUGGCCUUGUUUAUCUUCAUGAGGAUUCUCAGCAGAGGAUUAUUCACCGUGAUCUCAAGUUGAGUAAUAUUCUUUUAGAUGUCAAUAUGAAUCCUAAGAUUUCAGAUUUUGGCUUGGCAAGGCUAUUUGUCUUAGAUCAAACUCAGAUUAAUACAAGUACAAUUGCAGGAACAUAUGGAUACAUGGCUCCUGAGUAUGCAAGACAUGGAAAACUCUCCACGAAGUUAGAUGUCUUCAGUUUUGGUGUAAUAAUACUAGAGAUUGUAAGUGGCCUAAAGAAUGGCGGAUUUCAGAAUGGAGAGAAUGUGGAACAUCUGUUAAGCUUUGCUUGGAAAAACUGGAAGAAAGGGACAGCAGCUAAUAUAAUAGAUCCCACCUUGAAUAAUGCAUUGAGAGAUGAAAUAGUUAGAUGCAUUCACAUUGGGUUACUUUGUGUUCAAGAAAAGGUUUCUGAUAGACCAACAAUGGCUUCAGUGGUGCUUAUGCUUGAUAGACACUCUGUUGCUCUACCAGUUCCAUUGAAACCUGCCUAUUUUAUGAACAAUAGUUGUUUAUCAGUCGUCCAGUUUUCGAGGUGCAGUUCUGUGGAAGCAGGAUCAAAUGAGCAGAAAAGUGUCUCUGCUGAUGCAUCAGCAAAUGAGGCUUCAAUUAGUAGCCUAUAUCCUCGUUAGAUAUCAAUCAUAUGGUUAUAGUCAAAGCUGAUAAUCAUAACUACAAUUAAAUGUACCAAGAGAAACAGAUGCUUGGUGCCUGCUAUUAUUAAGAAGAAUUGUUCAACACCAUUUCCUUGGAAUGAUUCAUUUACUAAUUUCCCUUAUCCAAUCUCUUAUGUCUGUUUCUGUUGGGAAUGUGCCUUUAAAG